GCCGACGAUCCGAGGCUGCUGGGUCUGUUCUGUGCCGUGGUCUGCGCCUUCCUGGGCUACGGGCUGGCCGACGCGGCCUCGUGGGUACUCUGGCGCCCGUGGCCCGCGGGACGGGCGGCGGGCGUGCGUGCGGUGCAGCUGCCGCUGUUCCUGGUCAGCGUUGCGCUGUUUCACGCCGUCGAGUUCUUGUUCACGGUGGUCUUCCACCCCGGCGACAUCGAGUUCCGGGCAUUUCUCCUGACCCCGGUGCCAGCAGGAGGCUACAGCCUGGCGAUGGUGGCCGCGCUCGUCGAGUUCUGGGCGGAGCGGUGGCUGCCCGGGCCCCGGAUGCCGCCGGAGGCGGCCGCCGCGCUGCUGUGGGGCGGCUUCCUCCUCGCGGUGGGCGGCUGGGCCCUCCGCGUGGCGGCGCUGUUCACCGCCGGCUCCAACUUCACCCACCUCGUGGCGAGCCGCAAGGAAGCCUCGCACCGGCUUGUGACUUGGGGGGUGUACGGCUGGUGCAGGCACCCUGGCUACGUCGGCUGGUUCGCCUGGAGCGUCUCCACGCAGCUCGUGCUUCUCAACCCGGUGUGCCUGGCGGCCUACGCGGCGGUCUCAUGGAAGUUUUUCGAGGGGCGGAUCCCAGGGGAGGAAGCCUGCUUGCUCCGAUUCUUCGGGGAAGACUACGUGGAGUACGCGCGCCGGGUGCCUUGCGGCAUCCCCAGGAUCUCGAGGCUCCGCUUCUGA